UAUUUGCAAAACCUAAAUUAAAAUUAUUAAUUUUGAUGGCAUUGACUCUUGAGAGUAGUUGAAUGGUUGAAACCAUUGUUGUUUCCGGCUCUAACGGUAUUAAACGCUGCUGGAAUGUAGAAACGAAGUGCCACAAGACCCCCUAUGAGCGAGAGUAUAUAUAAUACUGUGUUGUAUUAAAAGGGAAGGAAAAUAGAUUAGACGAUAAAGAAGCAGAAAAGGGGAUCACCUUAUCAUUAUUCAUCCGAUCUGACUCACAGCAAUGGCUCAUUCUGCACCAAUUACGUCAGCUCCUUCUUACUCUCUAACCGCACUCCCCUUCACUACUACAUACUCUUCUCCAUCUGGAAUAUUCCUCGCUAAGCCCACGUGGAACCCCAAAAUGCUCCAUCUCCGGAGCAGACCACCAGUCAGAGCUGCCGUCUCCAUCGAGAAAGAGACGCCAGAAGCCCACCGCCCAGACACCUUUCUCAGAGAAUCCGACGAUCAGGCCCAUUCUUCUUCCUCCUCCUCUUCUGUAAGGGCCCGCUUCGAGAAGAUGAUUAGAGAAGCUCAGGACACCGUCUGCACCGCCCUUGAGGCCGCCGACGGCGGGGCCAACUUCAAGGAGGACGUUUGGUCCAGGCCCGGCGGCGGUGGCGGCAUCAGCAGGGUUCUCCAGGACGGCGCCGUUUGGGAGAAGGCUGGAGUUAAUGUCUCCGUUGUUUACGGCGUCAUGCCGCCAGAAGCUUACCGCGCUGCAAAAGCUGCCGCUUCUCCUGACCAGAAGCCUGGUCCUAUCCCUUUCUUCGCCGCUGGAAUCAGCUCCGUUUUGCAUCCGAAGAACCCAUUUGCCCCAACCUUGCAUUUCAAUUAUCGCUAUUUUGAAACUGAGGCUCCUAAAGAUGCUCCCGGAGCACCUAGGCAGUGGUGGUUUGGCGGGGGGACUGACUUGACUCCUGCUUACAUUUUCGAGGAGGAUGUUAAACACUUCCAUUCGACUCAAAAAAAGGCCUGUGACAAGUUCAAUCCUGAUUUUUACCCCCGCUUCAAGAAAUGGUGUGACGACUACUUCUAUAUCAAGCAUCGAGGUGAAAGGCGAGGACUGGGAGGAAUAUUUUUUGAUGAUCUGAAUGACUACGAUCAGGAGAUGCUUCUUUCCUUCGCGACCGAAUGUGCAAACUCUGUUAUUCCUGCAUAUAUUCCUAUCAUAGAGAGAAGGAAGGAUUUGCCCUUUACGGAGCAGCAGAAAGCAUGGCAACAAUUGAGAAGGGGACGAUACGUUGAAUUCAAUUUGGUAUACGAUAGGGGUACCACAUUUGGGCUUAAAACAGGAGGCAGAAUAGAGAGUAUUCUUGUAUCUCUCCCACUGACUGCUCGAUGGGAAUAUGAUCAUAAACCAGAGGAGGGAAGUGAAGAAUGGAAACUCUUGGAUGCCUGCAUCAACCCCAAGGAGUGGGUGUAAUUUAUGGACUUAGCAAUGCCCCUAAUUUGCUUCGUUGUUUAUUAACCAGAGAGCUUGUUUCUUCUUUCGGUGUAUAUCAAGUUCUUGUUACAACGAAUACAAUUCUAGCUUGUACACUGAAUUCAAAUUAAACGUUUUGCUAGUUUCAUUUUUUGUAGAGGGUGAAAUGGAGAAAAUUACAAAUAUGAAAUA